AUGCCUGUGCUCUCUCCCUCUAUGUGGCGCUCUUUCUCUUGCCAACCACCAUCUGUUCCGAAUUCUUCCAUUGUAUCUCUUCAGCCCAGCAUUAAAAAUUUGUUGUUCUGGUUGUUCUUUUGGCAUAAACAGAAGGCACCUAACCAAUUUAAUAUGGAACUUUGUUAUUCUGGUUGUUCUUUUGGCAUAAACAUAGCCAAAAUUCAAUGGACAAACAUGAGGAGUACUUCUGCACCAGUGAACAUUAUUGUUGGUUCUCAUGUCUGGGUUGAAGAUCCAACACUAGCAUGGAUUGGUGGUGAAAUUACUAAAAUCAGUGGUGAGAACGUCCAUGUUCGCACCAGAGAUGGGAAAACUGUGAGUCAAGCUGUCUAUACUUUAACUGCAUUGGUCAUUUGUGAUAACUUAUGA